GAAGGGAGAUAUCCCGGAGGAGGAGUUGACAGCCGAGUUCCUCGAAUGGGUUGCAGAAGGCCCAAUGGAAGAUGCCGAGGAGAUUUAUUCUGGGCACAGACCGAACAUGCCGCUACAUAUGAGGUGAUGUCGGAAUGGAGAGAUGGCCACCAGAAUAACCAAGAAACAACCCAGGACAACUGGUUCCUCCCUGGAUGACCGGCAGUCUUGGAAUUAUGGUAGGUACACAGCAAGCAGGGCACACAAUCCCUCAGGUACGAAACAUCUGCUAGCCGCUCUCUCAGGGGGAGCAUCAGUUUGAGCCACCAAAAUCUGCUCCCCAAGAAGAGAAGUCAGGUUGGUACGAAUGGCAUCCAGGAUCUGGUCCGGAGGUACGA